AUGCCAGCUGAGGAGGCGAGGCUCACUGCCGAAGCUCUGGCUCAGCUUGAGGCGGAUGACGGGGAUGCGACCGGAGAGCCAAAGGAUGCCAAAGAGGGGAAGGCGCCCAAAAAGAAAAAGGAGUCGAAGAGCAAAGAAGAGAUGGCCGAGGCAAAGAUGAAGUCCCCAGACGAAAUCUUUGGCCCCAGCGAUGACGAGGCCGAUGGCGAGGAAGGUGAAGAGGAAGCCGCCGAAAAUGAUGCUGUGGUGGAGGAGUUACCACCUGGAGCUCCGAAAGGCUUCACGGUGAAAUGGGACCACGAAGCCGAAGCAUCUCAGAGCCCUCAGGGAACAGAGUCGAAAUAUGAGGACUUGACCAUUUACCAGGUUGGCAUCAUGAACAACGAGGUGGCCAUCGUCGUGAUACCGGAUUUGUGGGGCUGGCGGAUGCCUCGCGUCCGUUUGCUCGCAGACUACCUCGCCGGGGCGAUCCAGGGAUUUGCCGUGGUUCCACGGAUGCUGGACUCCCCACCACUGCAGGAGGGAGAGCAAGACGAUGGCAUACCCGAGGAUUACCCGCUGCUGGAGACCGAUCUGGACACUGGCCUGGCGGGUCUCAAAGGCUGGAUCAUGAAGAAUACCUACGAGUUCUACCUGUCCAAGUUCCGACUCGCGGCGAACUAUCUGCGGCAAGUCGCAAAAGCAAGCAGGAUUGGCAUCGUCGGACUUGGUUGGGGCUCCUGGCUGGCCUGCUACGGUGCCGAAUACCUCGGAGUGGACUUUGGCUGCUCAGUGAUGAUAACGCCUCUUCUACAUCGCCUUGGCAUCUGGGACGGUGUCAGCCCAGAGCGUUUGAUCGCGAAAUGUCCUGCUCCCGUUAGUUUCAUGGUCUCCUCAGAUGAGCCUGCAGACUACGAGAGCGGAGGAGCAUACUUUGCCGUGAACUCGGAGAAAUUCCGCAG